AUGAUAUGUUACAAAGGACUCACUCUGCUGGGAUAUGAAAGGGGGAGAAGAGGUCGGGAACCGCUGAAAGACAACUGCGUUGAGAAGAGUGCCAAGAGAUUCAAUGCCGGUUCAUCAAGCUUUGAGAGCGAAACCUCCAGGGCCGAGGCAAGACUUGAGGGAUAUGUUAGACGAGCAAAGGAGGACGUUUCGUAG